CAUUGAUCGCUUUGUUUCGUUCCUAGGCUCACGUGUAGUACGUUUUAAUUUAAUAUAUUUAAAUUUUCAAUAGUGCAUAAAGCUAGGAGUGUUAUUAUGUGACCCUCCAACCAUAAUAAUCCUCAAAUAUAAAAUUAUUUGGCUUAAAACGUGAUUAAGGAAUUUCAUCUUGGAACUAUCGGGAAACCAUUUCGAAAAUAGAAAUGGCGUCAAAGCAAAAUGCUAUAGAAGUUAAGACCGAAGAGCAAAUUACAAUGGGUGAGCAAAAUAUCAAUGAACAAAACACCCGAGACACGUUUGAGAAAAAUAAUACCGAAGGUAAUAAUACUGCACCAGAUCAAGAAAUCGAAGGCGACCUAAAUAUUACUGAAGAGCGAGACAUUAUGGAUGAGAAUAAUAUAGCAGGAGAGGAAAAUACCAUAGACGAAUUUGAUGACAGUGCGUCAGAGCCUGAUCCUCCUGAUCAAUCAUCAAUGACAUAUCAAGAGUGUGACGAACUUGAAAGUCCCAAAAAGGCACAGAAUUGGCCAAUGCACGAGCGCUGUGUGCAUGGAGAAAUCAAUGAGAUCUGUGUUCCCUUGGACAGAAACGAUGUUUACUUUCGCAUAGCACAACCGUACGAACUACGGCCGCUUAGCAAAUACUUUUUCCGUGAAUGGUCCGAGGUGGCACAUCUUUUUAUGCCGCCGAUUGAAGCGUUGUCGCCUUUCGGUUUGCCAUUUCCCAAAGGAGGUUAAAGCACGUUACCAAAAUCAAUCACAUACCACUACUACCGUUAAACAUUUUUGUGAAGAAAUUAAAAUGUUACAUAAAACUUUCUUACUAUAAAUAAACUGGAUGUGUUCUUGUACUUAAUUACUUACAUUGUUAUGUCAAAAAUAAAGUAAAUGAAAAAUACGUUUAUGUGAAAUUUUUGUUGAAUGUUUUGAAACAAGGUUGAUCAUCAAACAUAAAUCAUAUUAAUUUAUUUUCAUUUUAAAAAAUAGAUAAUAAUUUUAUUGAUAUAAUAAUAAUUAUUAAUACAUUCUUGUUUUGUAGGGUGGUAUGUGACAUACAUAAAUGAAUAAAUAACCACUGAUAUUCAUAAGUGUAUAUCAGACAGGAUUUUAUAAAUCGUGAAAUUACUUAAAAUCCUAACUGUGUUCUUGAGAAUCUUUUAAAAUCCAUUAUGGGCUCAAAUAAUUUAUAUUUCAUGAAAUAAUCAAACACUAUUACUAUUAUGAUUAUACAAAUAUCAGUAAUUCUGUAAGUUGUAAUCCACUAAUUGUAUGUGUAAGCGCACAAAGAUAUACUGCAAUUACUAGCGAUUUUUGGCUAUAUGUUACUAUAAAUGUUUAGAACAAUAUCAGCUGUAGUCAAGAUAGAUGAGACAUCUGAAACAUUUUAAGACAUUUACGUAUAUACGUGUAAGCAUAUUAGUAACUUAUAUGUUAUAUUUAUCUAGCUGUUAACGAAAGUACUUAAUAAGUAAUCACUAUUAUUAAAUGAAAUAAUAAAGAAAGAA